AUGAAUCGCCACAUGAUCUUUCUCGCUUCAAGGAGAAAGCUUUCUUUCUUCCAUCGCUCAGUCUCUGUUCUCGCGCACCAUAUCAACGGUAAAGCGGUCCCUUCCAAGUCCACCACCUUCUUCGAUGUGAAGGACCCAGCCACACAGGAGCUGAUCUCCCGGGUCCCCCAAGCAACGGAGGAUGAGAUGAAGAUGUGCGUGGAGGCAGCAACCGCAGCUGCAGCUUCAUGGUCCAAGGUCUCAGUUUCUGAGAGGCAGAGAGUCAUGUUUCGCUUCCAGAACCUCAUCAGGGAGCACACCGAUGAGCUGGCCAACAUCAUCACGCGCGAGCAAGGAAAGACCCUCGCAGAUGCAAAGGGAGACAUCUUCCGCGGUCUUGAGGUGAGCAAGCUCUGGAUGUUCCCCAUGGCAGCAGUCUGCGGGAAUUCCUUCAUCCUCAAACCGUCCGAGAUGGUGCCAGGGACGGCUCAUCGGCUAGUCGAACUCAUCGAGCAAGCAGGCUGUCCGCCAGGGGUUGUAAACAUCAUUCACGGCUCCAAGGACACAGCACAGUUCCUCUGCAAACACGAAGACAUCUCCUCCAUCUCAUUUGUCGGUUCAUCCGUAGCUGGAGAAGACAUCUGGAGACAAGCGACGCUUGCAGGGAAGAGAGUACAGUGCAAUAUGGCAGCUAAGAACCAUGCCGUCAUCCUCCCAGACGCGGACAAGGAGCACGCGCUCAACGCCAUGGUAGGAGCAGCCUUCGGAGCAGCAGGGCAGCGUUGCAUGGCCAUCAGUGUAAUGGUUCUCGUGGGGAAGGCUCGGGAUUGGCUGCCGGAGCUGGUGCAGAAGGCGAAGAAGCUGGUGGUGUCAGCGGGGACCGAUCCGCGUGCCGACGUUGGUCCCCUCAUCAGCUCAGCUGCUAAGAGGAGAGUGGAGGGGAUAGUGGGCGAGGCCGUGAAGGAGGGAGCGACAGUGCAUCUGGAUGGGAGACAAGUCGUUGUGAGGGAAUUCCCGAAUGGAAAUUUUGUUGGCCCGACCAUCCUAGAAGCGACGACGAGCAUGCAGUGCUACCAGAAGGAGAUCUUUGCCCCGGUGCUUGUGUGCAUCUCAGCAGCGGACUUAGACGAGGCGAUCCAAAUCAUCAACGACAAUCCUUACGGAAACGGAACAGCGAUCUUCACAAGCUCGGGAGUGGCAGCGAGGUACUUCCAGAACUCCAUCAAGGUAGGACAGAUCGGGAUUAACGUUCCUAUCCCUGUUCCCAUCCCCUACUUCUCCUUCACCGGAUCCAAGAAGAGCAUGCUCGGUGACCUCUACUUCUAUGGCAAGAAUGCCGUCCAGUUCUAUACAAGGACCAAGACUAUCACGUCCAACUGGAACCAGAAGUUGCCGCAAGACAUUCGGAUGGCCAUGCCCAUCCUCGGUCAAGAUACAGUCUCGUGA